AUGAGGAUAGCCAUCCUCCUGAGCCUUCUGUUCCAUGCUGCUGCUGCUUUUCACCAACUACAUUACCUGGUGGUGAUCCCUGCAGAUCUCCGCUACCCAUCCACCCAAGUUGCUUGCCUCCAUAUCACCUGUUAUGAAGCAAAGCUUCAAGUGAAACUGGUCCUGGAGCGCUCUGCAGGACACAAUCUCUUAGUGCAAGAAACCAUCCAGAAGGAGAAGACUUUCACGUGCGCUAAGUUCUGGGUUGCAUCUCCAGCUGAUGGCACAGAGGAAAUUGCCACCGUCAAGCUGAUUAUCACAGGCCAAGGAGUCAGUAUUGAGGAGAAGAAAAAGGUCCUGAUCAGAAAGGCCAGCAGUGGCACCUUCAUCCAAACAGACAAACCCAUCUAUAAACCAGGUCAAACAGUGAAAUUUCGUAUUGUGACUCUGGAUGAGGACUUCAUUGCACUUAAUGAUUCGAUUUCCCUGUUUCUUCAGGACCCUAACAACAACCGGAUAGAGCAGUGGCUGAAUGUGGUGCCCCAAGAUGGCAUUGCAGAUCUGUCUUUCCAGCUAAGUGAUGAGCCACUGCUUGGGACAUAUGUCAUCAAUGUAACCAAUGGGGAAGCAUACGACAGCUUCUCCGUUGAGGAUUAUGCACUGCCAAGAUUUGAAGUGAUCUUUGAGGUACCAAUUAAGAUUUAUGCACUAGAUAAAACCUUCCCGCUCCGGGUAUGUGGCAGAUACACCUAUGGGAAAGUUGUCCAGGGGAUGGUUCACGUGCACCUUUGCCAGAAGAUAGCAGUGUUCUUACCCAGUGCUUCGAAACCUGAUCUCUGUCAGGAAUUCCACAGCCAGACAGACAAGAUGGGUUGCUUCUUCACAAAUGUGACCCUAUCCUCCUUCAGCCGAGACUUCCGGUACUACCAGGACAGCAUAGUUGCAGAGGCCUCACUGGUGGAAGAUGGCACAGAGAUACAGGUCAAUGCAUCCCACAAAUUACUCAUUUCCAAGAUUGGCGGAAUGGCCUUGUUUAAUGAUGUGAAUUCUUACUACCACACCGGAGAGAUGUACAGGGGGAAGAUUAGAGUCAUCGACUACAAUGGCAAGACACUAAAGCACAAAAAAGUUCUCCUCGUAGUAAGCAGCAGUGAGCAGCAGUUUCAGCAUAAGUACAUCACUGGGGAUGCUGGGGAAGUUUCAUUUAGCCUGAAUACAACUGCUUGGAACAGCACCUCAGCCUCCCUGGAGGCAAGCGUCCUGCAUCAAGAUUUGGAUAGAGAGCCUGGGACAGUUGAUUUGAAUUACCAGAAAGCCUCUCAUUUCAUACGUCCAUUCUACAGCACCAGCAGGAGUUUUCUCACUAUUGUCCAUGUGCCAGAAACGAUGCCCUGUAGUAAAAAGCAGGCUAUCCAGGUGGACUUCAGAAUCUACCAGGAAGACCUGAAACAUGGGCCCAAGCGUGUCAUUUUCUCCUACUUCUUCACGGGAAGAAGAGGGAUAGUCCAUGCAGGCCAGAAGACUGUUUGGGUUGGGCUGCCAAGAAUGCUGAAAGGCUUCUUCUCCAUCCCUGUCACCUUCAGCUCAGUCUAUGCUCCAGCUCCAACACUUAUUGUUUAUGUUAUCUUCCCUAAUGGAAAAAUCAUUGCUGAUUCUGCCACCUUCAGUGUCUCCACGUGUUUCAGACAUAAGGUGGAGCUGGGCUUCUCAACGUACCAGACUCUUCCUGAUUCAGAGGUUGGUUUGAACCUGCUGGCAGCUCCUGGGUCCACAUGUGCUGUCUGGGCUGUGGAUCAGAGUAUCUUUUUGCUGAAGCCAGAAAAAGAACUCAGCAGCUCCAUGAUCUAUGGGCUCUUCCCAUCUGUUUAUAACUCCGGGUAUCCUCGCCAAGUGUCUGAAGAUGAUCAUUCAUGUGGGUUCCCAAAUUCUGAUGAGCCUGAUGUGUUUACAGCAUUCAAGGAAAUGGGGUUGAAAAUUAUGUCCAACACCAAUAUCAGGAAACCAAGACUGUGUCUAACUACUCAGCCAACAACUAUGCUGCAGGAAACAGGCGUGAUCACUUCCAGGCCCAUGUUGAUGUUUGCUCAGCCUCAUAAAGCACCUAACACAGGGCAUCUGUUGACAUCUACCCAUCAGCCCACCAUGUUUUCACCUGUUUCUCCAGCUGAAGAGAAAGUGCACAAAUAUUUCACAAAAACCUGGAUAUGGGAUUUGUAUUCUGUGGGUCCCAGUGGGAACAAGAGUGUCACUGUCACCGUGCCUGGCACCAUCACAGAAUGGAAAGCAGGGAUGUUCUGCACAGGACGUAAUGGCUUUGGACUUGCUCCAACCUCCAGUCUGCUUGUUUUCAAGCCCUUUUUUGUGGAGCUCACACUGCCAUCUUCUGUGAUCCAGGGUGAGACCUUCAUCUUGAAGGCCACAGUCUUCAACUACCUGCAGCGAUGCAUGAAGGUCCAAGUGACUGUGGAGGAGUUCACACACUUCCAGCUGAAGCCAUGUAAAGGCUGUGUCUACAGCAGCUGCUUAUGUGCUGGAGAAGCUAAAACGUUUCAGUGGAGUGUCACAGCAGAGCAACUGGGGCUCAUGAACAUCACCAUCAGCACAGAGGCCGUGGCCACCAAAGACCUCUGUGACAAAGAGAUACCAUUUGUCCCAAACCAAGGACAGAAAGAUACAAUCACCAAACUCCUUCUUGUCCGGCCAGAGGGAGUGCUGGUGGAAAAGGCUCACAGCUCCAUCCUGUGUCCCAAAAAAGGAAGUCCAGCACAGGAGUCUGUGUCCUUGAUGUUGCCUCUAAAUGUGGUUGAAGGUUCAGUCAGAGCUACAGUCUCAGUCACUGGUGACCUCAUGGGGACUGCACUGCAGAACCUGGACCACCUGGUGCAUAUGCCCCAUGGAUGUGGGGAGCAGAACAUGGUGCUGUUUGCCCCCAUUGUCUAUGUGCUGCAGUACCUAGAGAAGACAGGACAGCUGACCCCUGAAAUCAAGGAGAGGGCAACAGGAUUCCUGCGCAAGGGGUACCAGAUACAGCUGCAGUAUCAACACCCUGAUGGUUCUUUCAGUGAAUUUGGUACCAAGGAUGAGUACGGUAAUACUUGGCUGACUUCAUUUGUGGUCAAAUGCUUCGUCCAAGCCAAGCCAUACAUUUUCCUGGACAAUAGGAGCAUCCAAGCUGCUCUCAACUGGCUGGAGUUCCACCAGCUUCCUAGUGGAUGCUUCAGAAAUGUGGGCCAACUUUUUCACACAGCCAUGAAGGGAGGUGUGGAUGGGGAAAUCCCCUUGGCUGCCUACAUCACAGCUGCAUACUUGGAGGCAGGGGAGACACCAGAGAGUACAGUGGUGCGCAAGGCUCUGGGCUGCAUCGCUCCUUCCCUUCCCAAAGCUGCCAGCACUUACACACAGGCCCUGCUGGCCUACACCUUUGCCCUGGCUAAGGACCAUCAACGCACACAAGAGCUUCUCGACAUGCUUGAUCAAAAGGCAAUCAGAGCAGGUGGGCAGAUCCACUGGAGUCAGAGCCCAUCCGAGACACCCAGCGCUUGGUCACAGCCACUGUCUGUGGAUGUGGAGUUGACAGCCUAUGUCCUCCUGGCCCUGCUCUCCAAGCCAAAUGUCACAAGGGCUGAUCUCACCACAGCCUCUGGCAUUGUGGCCUGGCUCACCAGGCAGCAGAAUGCUUAUGGAGGAUUUGCCUCAACACAGGACACAGUGGUUGCCCUGCAGGCCUUGGCUAAGUAUGCAGCACUGACAUACAGCACAAAGGGGGUUGCAGAAGUGAGGGUGAGGUCCCAGAGAGGCUUUGGGAGGAAGUUCCAAGUCUCCUACCAGAACCGACUUUUGGUGCAGGAGGUGGCACUGACAGAAAUCCCAGGAAAGUUCUCAGUGCAGGCCCAUGGCAGCUGUUGUGUCUUUACCCGGAUGGUGUUGAGGUACAACACACCCUUCCCACAAGUCUCAAAAUCCUUUUUCUUGCGAGUGAAAACCAAGCCAGUCAAUUGCACCAGGGAUGAUACCCACUCUGUAACUCUCUACGUCAAUGUCAGGUACACUGGGAAGAGAGCCAUUUCCAAUAUGGUGAUUGUGGAGGUGUCCCUACUGUCUGGAUUUGUCCUGGCUCCAGGAUCUGGGAUGCCUAUGGAGCAUUGGCACCCUGUGAAAAGAACUGAGAAAACCCAAGCAGGUGUUGCCAUCUAUUUGGACAAACUGAGCCAUAAGUCUGAGACAUAUGUCCUGCACCUGGAACGGGAGAUUGGGGUGACCAACCUGAAGCCAGGACAUGUCAGGGUCUAUGACUACUACCAUCCAGAGGAGCAGGCCAUGGCUGAUUAUAAUGUUUUCUGCAUCUGA